AAUCCCCUGGCCCCUCGCUGCCUCCUAGUCACUUAUCUCCUAGUUGAGGUUGCAUUGAGUGCUUGUGGGAGCUGUGGAGGAUUCUGGAGGGGUUGUGCACCCAGGCGGUGGUGUGACGCUUACAGUCUUCCCGAGGGUGGAGGAGCAGCUGCCUUUUGCGUCAGUCCCACUGGCCUUCACCUAUCCACCGCUGCUUUGCUGUGGUGCCUCCCCUCCCCCUUCCUGUUAUCUGCCCCUCUACUGCCUGGUGGCCACCUCUGCUGUUCCUGCCUGCCUGUCAGAGUAAAUGGCUGAUAAGCAGAUCAGCCUGCCUGCCAAGCUCAUCAAUGGUGGCAUCGCUGGGCUAAUUGGGGUCACCUGUGUGUUCCCCAUCGACCUGGCCAAGACGAGGCUGCAGAACCAGCAAAAUGGUCAGCGCAUGUACUCAAGCAUGUCUGACUGCCUAAUCAAGACCAUCCGCUCAGAGGGCUACUUUGGCAUGUACCGGGGAGCAGCUGUGAACCUGACUUUGGUCACCCCUGAGAAAGCCAUCAAGCUGGCAGCUAAUGACUUCUUCCGGCAUCAACUUUCAAAGGAUGGGCAGAAGCUGACACUACCCAAGGAGAUGUUGGCAGGGUGUGGAGCUGGUACCUGCCAGGUGAUCGUCACCACCCCUAUGGAGAUGCUAAAGAUCCAGCUGCAGGAUGCAGGCCGAAUUGCUGCCCAGAAGAAGAUUCUGGCUACCCAGCUCUCAGCCCAGGCCAGCGCCCCGACCUCCGUGGAGGCUCCUGCUGCAUCCCGCCCCACAGCCACCCAGCUGACCCGAGACCUGCUGCGCAACCGUGGCAUUGCUGGCCUCUACAAGGGACUGGGGGCCACGCUGCUCAGGGAUGUCCCCUUCUCCAUUGUGUACUUCCCCCUGUUUGCCAACCUGGACCAACUAGGCCGCUCAGCCUCCGAGGAAAAGUCACCCUUCUAUGUAUCAUUUCUGGCUGGCUGUGUGGCUGGGAGUGCAGCUGCCGUGGCUGUCAACCCCUGUGAUGUGGUGAAGACACGGCUCCAGUCGCUGCAGCGUGGCAUCAAUGAAGACACCUACUCUGGCUUUCUGGACUGUGCCAGGAAGAUCUGGCAGCAUGAGGGCCCCUCCGCCUUCCUGAAGGGUGCCUACUGUCGUGCACUGGUCAUUGCUCCCCUGUUUGGCAUCGCACAGGUGGUCUACUUCCUGGGUAUUGCUGAGUCCCUGCUGCAGCUGCUACAAGAACCCCAGGCCUGAGCCCACUGUGGGGGCAAAGCAGGGCAGCCGGUCCAGGACUGAGAGUGGGAAGUCUCUCUCCAGUCCUGGUCCAUGGGGGUGGGAAGAACAGGGUUCAGGGUCCAUGGGGGUGGUGCACACAAGGCUGCCACGGGGCCCUGUGGACACCACAAUUGGAAUCAAUGUCUUAUUUAUGUAGAAAAUGCAUAUAUCUGUACAUUCCUUGAGCCAGACCAAAAUCCAGUCCUGCCUGGACUGAACACCCCCAGGGACAGAGCUGGUCUCUGGGCUGGGGGCCCUGGACCUAGGCUGAGCAGACUGGACACUAGGCCCCAUCCACUGGCAUCCAAGGCUCUCCUGGUUUACAAAGGGGACCUAGGCAAACCUAUUUAUUGAACUUGCUGUGCCCAUGUGGCUGCCUGUCCUGUUCAUCCAUCCACCGUCCUUGCUGCUCUCAUCUCAGCCAGCCUUGCAGGAAUCCCAGAGCGGUGGGGCUCACACUGAGUGCUGGCUCCCAGGGCAAGCGGCCCACGAGGGAUCUGAUGGAGGCCUCAGCCCUGCCUCAGGCUGGUCCAGGCUGCAUGAAGGCUGUGUGCGUGUGUAUACAUGAUGAGGAGCAGGUUGUGCCUGUCAGCCCUUAACUGGCCUGGCUCCUUGGGAAGGGGCUGGGGUGCUGCUGCCUGGCCCAUGUGGCCAGGCAGGCCCUAGCUCUAGACCCUCUGCUGACCCUGUCCAGGAAUUUAUUUUGAGACUCCCCCACCCCUGAACUGGACUGGAUUAGACUGUCUGAGAUUGACCAGGCCCAACAGCAGACUUGAAAACCAGUAUGGAGAAUGGGGCACCUGCCCUGCUGUGGGGGAGGCAGUGGCUGCUGCCCACCCUCUAGAGCCCACCUUACUCUCCUGACAAUGCUGGGAAGCCCCCUCCCUCAUGCCCUGAUGUUGUAAUUUCAGGCAGGCGCCUUGUCCUGCCUCGCUGUGAUCCUGUUGGUGACUGAUCCUGAAGUGCUGGUGCUGUGUCCUCUAGCCUGGCCCCCUCUGUGGAGGCCCCUUCCCAGUGACACUACCUGGGGCGCAGGUAUUGGCCCCCAUUUCACGGUUGCUCCUGGGAGCUGCCCCCUCCUGUAUCUGUACCUUGGAAGCUGCUGCUGCUUACAGAAUUAUAUUUUUUCUUUUGAAGAGUUUUAAGAAGUUGUAACUUUUUGUGUCUUGUCAUGUAUGACGAUAAAUAAAUAUUCUAAGUAGA